GCCUGUUUUUUCCACGUGAGAUUUUCCACGUGAAAUUACUGUACUUAAUAUAUAGAUUAAUUAUUUUAGGUAAAGACUCGGAAAUAGGCUGAAAAAAUAAAUGCCAUCUGAUUUUUGGACCUGACUCUCUCACGCCUGUAGCUCACCUCUGGAAUGCCCCAUUUCCCUGGACCCACCUGUGGCUGAAGUGUCACCGCGUGGGUCCCGUCCUUCACCCGACAAACCAGCUUCUCCCAGCCCCGAACUGGGCAGACUGGGCUGAGGGAAAUCCGGAUUCCCUGACACCCGCAGAGCGCCCUGGCUCCUGUGUCCACUCGUGUCCCCUCGUGUCCCUCUCCUCCCUGUCCCUUCCCCUGUCCCCUCCUGUCGCUCUCCUCGCGGCUCUGGUGGCAUCAGGGGGUUGGUGGCAGCUCCGCGGUUCAUUCCUUGGCUGCUGCACGCUCCGAGUGUAUUUUUAAUGUAUUUAUCUCCCUGCAGCUUCCUGCCAGGCUGCUCUGGGGGGAAACGGGCACGGAGAGAGAAUGGUGCCGGGACACUGGGGACACUGGGGACACCGGGGACACUGGGGACACGAGGAUGGGGGGGUGACAGUGGGAUGUGGGGGUGACCCCGCUGUGCUCGCCACUGCCCGCUGCCAUCAGCCCCAGGGACACCGAGGGCUCUGCAGCAGGACAGGGAGAGGCUGGCAGGGGGCAGGGGGGACAUGGUGGCGGGGUUUGUCCCCGUCCCACGGGCGGGCAGAGAUCCCGGGAGGGCCUCCGGGAAAGGGGGAGGCUGGAUUCAAUCCUUGUCUUUCACCUGGGCUGGAGUCCAGCCCCAAAAUAGCCUUCCAAAAACAAGAUCACAUGAGAGGAAAAAAAUAGCAAGGCGAAGGAUUAUCCAUCCAUACUUCCUUGUCCUAUGUGGGUGCAGAGCCGCGGCCGGCACUGUCCCUGUCCCUGUCCCUGUCCCUGUCCCUGUCCCUGUCCCUGUCCCUGCCAGCCACGGUGCCGCUCCCGGAGCCGGCACAUCCCCGGUGCCGGUGCCAGCCGUGGGACCCGGCGCGAUCCCGGCAGGAGCUGCCUGGCCCCGGGAGGUGCAGCGAGGGCAGGGUGACCCCAGCACGUCCCCGGGCAGCCCGGGCAGGGCGGUGGCGCUGCCUCCCGGCCCCCUGCGCUGCCCAGCCCCGCGCUCCUGGAGCCCGCUCAGCCCGGCCCCGGCAUGGCCGAGGGGGAAAUCACCACCUUCAGCGCCCUGACAGAGAAGUUCAACUUGCCCCCGGGCAACUACAAGAAGCCCAAGCUGCUGUACUGCAGCAACGGGGGGCAUUUCCUGCGCAUCCUGCCCGACGGCACCGUGGAUGGCACCAGGGACCGCAGCGACCAGCACAUUCAGCUGCAGCUGAGUGCAGAGAGCGUGGGGGUGGUGCACAUCAGGAGCACGCAGUCGGGGCAGUACCUGGCCAUGGACACCAACGGGCUGCUCUACGGCUCGCAGCUACUGGGUGAGGAGUGUCUGUUCCUGGAGAGGCUCGAAGAGAACCAUUACAACACCUACGUGUCCAAAGUGCACGCGGACAAGAACUGGUUUGUGGGGCUGAAGAAGAACGGGAACAGCAAGCUGGGCCCGCGGACUCACUAUGGCCAGAAGGCAAUCCUGUUCCUGCCCCUGCCUGUCUCACCUGACUGAGCCAGCCCCAGAGCUCAGAGAGACCCCAAACCCCAAACCCAACUGCUGCUGCUGCUCCUCCCUAGAGCCCACCAGAGCUCCGAGCUUUAGGUCAAGGCUUUGCCAAACCCAGCCAAAGCAGAGCCCCUGUGCUCUGCACCAAGCUUUGCAGAGAUGAGGGGGUGAGCCCUGACACCCUGCUAGGGUUCAUGGGGGACGCUGCCCUCAGUGUGUGCCAGUGAGUGCCAGAACCCUCAGCUGUGUGCCAGUGAGUGCCAUGACCCUCAGCUGUGUGCCAGUGUGUGCCAGAACCCUCAGCCAUGUGUGCCAGUGUGUGCCAGAACCCUCAGUGUGUGCCAGUGUGUGCCAUGACCCUCAGCUGUGUGCCAUGACCCUCAGUGUGUGCCAGUGUGUGCCAGAACCCUCAGCUGUGUGCCAGUGUGUGCCAGAACCCUCAGCUGUGUGCCAGUGUGUGCCAGAACCCUCAGAUGUGUGCCAGUGUGUGCCAUGACCUUUAGUUAUGUGUGCCCCAU